GGAGUCCCUCGGCCGGGCUUCUCGAACCUGAGGCGUUGGAGGCGGCGGCUCAAUCCCUUAAUCACCUGUUGUAUGCUCCAUCCUUUCUAGUGAUGCUCCAGGACAAAGAGGAAUGGAUAAAAAUAUUGGCGAGCAACUCAAUAAAGCUUAUGAAGCCUUCCGACAGGCUUGCAUGGAUAGAGAUUCUGCAGUGAAAGAACUACAGCAAAAGACUGAGAACUAUGAGCAGAGAAUACGUGAGCAACAGGAACAGCUGUCACUUCAACAAACCAUCAUCGACAAGUUAAAGUCACAGUUGCUGCUCGUGAAUUCUAGUCAAGAUAAUAGUUAUGGCUUUGUCCCCCUGCUUGAAGACAGUGAAACAAGGAAGAAUAAUUUGACUCUUGACCAACCACACGAUAAAGGGAAAUCAGGAAUACCGAGAGAGAAAGAAUUAAAGGUAAGAAGACAAGAGGUUCUAUCUAGAAAAGAAACUUCACCGAAGAGCAUUCCUUUACUUCAUGAAAGAGAUAUUAUAGAGAGGACAUUCUGGGACCUGAAAGAAGAAUUUCAUAGAAUAUGCAUGCUGGCAAAAGCACAAAAAGAGCACUUGAACAAACUGAAUGCACCACACACUGCAGCUGAAACACAGUGCUCUGUGCCUAUACAGUGUACAGAUAAAACAGAUAAACAAGAGGCACUGCGUAAGCCUCAGGCUAAAGAUGAUAUAAAUAGAGAUGCACCAUGCAUCACAUCUGUCACACCAAGAGGACUGGGCCGAGAUGAGGAAGACACCUCUGUUGAAUCACUUUCUAAAUUCAACGUCAAGUUCCCACCUAUGGACAGUGACCCCACUUUCUUACUUAGCACCCCAGAGAGACCCCAAGUCCUUGGUCCUGCCACAGCUGAGACCGUGGGGCAAGACACAUUUGAACUGGAGCUCAGAAACAACCCAGGAAAUUUCGUUAAAAUAGAAGAAUCUUUAUUUGAAAACCAAAGAAUUGACCCCAUAGCUUCAGCUAUAGAAAACCUUAAAACAACUGACAAAACAAAACCUUCAAAUCUUGUAAACUCUUGUAUCAGGACAACUCUGGAUAAAGCUCCGUGUUUGCCACCUGGAAGCCAUAAUGCGUUGUAUAUAAAUACAUUCCCACUUCAGGACCCAUCUGAUGCACCUUAUCCCUCACUCGAUUCCUCAGGAAGAGCUAUCCGAGGACCACAGCAGCCUGUUUGGAAGCCCCAUCCUGCUCAAGACAGUGACUUGGUACCAAGUGGUACAGACUCGGAACUGCUAAUACCUCGAGUUUGUGAAUUCUGUCAAGCAGCUUUCCCACCAUCCAUUACUUCCAGGGCGGAUUUCCUCCGGCAUCUUAAUUCACACUUCAAUGGGGAGACUUAAGACAAAUUUGAAAACAGACAAAUCAAGUUCUGGGCAAUGAUUUGGGGGUUGUAAUACUAUAAAUACUUGAGUAUAAACAGUACAAAACGUUUAUAGAAAAAUUCAGUGCUACAGCUAUUUGAAUUUUUUCCUGCACUUAAAUUUUGUACCUUACUUUUAUUGUCUUUUAAAAUAUCAUCCUGUACUGAUCUGUAAUUCAUUGUAUUCAUGUUUACAGUGUUAUUACCAUAAUUCAAAAUUAUGUGAUGGGAUAUUAUGUAAUCAUAAUUCAGAUUUUGUUUCCAAUACCUAAACUUAAAUGCUUGGAUGUCUAGUUAUAUCAUUUUAAUUUGGUAACGUUAAAUGUUUAUGGGGAUUUUUCCCACUUGAUUUCAUUUUAAAUUUUAUAUUAUUUAUAACAUAUUCUUUU